CCAACCAGCGCAACAGAAAUGAACUGCGAGCAGACCCACCGCCUCCUCCUGCCCACCUUCUUCCCCACCACCACACCACCACCACCACCCGGCACCCCACCAACCCACUCCUCCGGCGCCCCACCGCCCCCCAUUCCCGCGACCUCCCACCACCCCCACCCCUCCGGCGCCCCAUCGCCCCCCAUUCCCGCGGCCCCGACUACCCCCACCCCUCCAGCGCGCCACCAUCCCCCACUCUCCCCGCGCGCCACCAUCCCCACUCCCCCCGGCGCGCCACCACCCAAACCCCUCCAACACGCCACCACCCCGCCCCCGCGCACCACCGACGACCGCCGCCCCACCCCAUCCAACUCUCCACCGCCCCCUCCCCUCGGCCCCGCGCUGACAGUCGACGGAUCCAACCCGCUGAGGUGCGGCGCUCCCCCACUGCCCCUACCUUCCUCUGCUUGCCACUGCUCUGGGUCACGGCCACCGCGUUCCACCACCACCAACACGGCAGCUGCGCGGCCCGCUCCCCAUGGAUCUACGCCCUCCUGCGCGUGGUGGCCGGAUGGGAGGGUCGGCGAGGUCCAGCGUGCCGGAGAUGGGAAAGGAGCGGCUCCACCGGCCUCCUAUCGAUCCCGCGACCUCCUCUGCCAUCAAACUCGCCGGCCCACGUCCCCCUCCUUCCCCAUAUUUCCUCUACUCGUAGGUCGACUCAGCUACAGAUUGCAGAGACACGCAGGACAGCCACCUCUCCCCAUCCCCGGAUCCGCUAGAUCCCGAACACCCGUGAAUGGUCGUGCCAUGGCUCCUCGUCACACUGAGAUUCAUGGGCACUUGCCGCGCCGCGCCUUGUCCUGCUGCUUUGUCCAAGGUGAGGACGGGCUCAAUCGCUGCCGAGAACCAGCCCCUCCUCACCGGUCGGCCGGUCUCCAAGUUGUGGAGGCGCGCGACGGCACUCUCUCUCUCUCCCUUUUGCAAUGCACGGCGGCAACAACGCCUCGUGCAGUUUAGAAAUUGCUUGUUUUCCUGCUUCUUUCUUUUCCUUCGGAUGCAGUUCGCCAUGGCCUCGCAUGCGGCCCGGUGUCACGGCCGUUUUAGUGUGCGCCCGCUCCAGGAGCACCCCUGUGCUUCGAUCCAUCCCUAAUGUUGUUCCUGAUGUACUUCACAUUUGUUUAGUUCGGUUCUUUUUGACUUGGGAAAGAAAAAUCUCCAAUGGGUGCGGUA